CCCAUGUGUCGCGACAGCCCGACCUCACGACCCAACCGUGACGCUCCAUGGCGAUCCAGCGUAGCCAGCUGAAAGGACACAAGGACUCCGUGCUCACCCUCUGCGCUGAUGGCGACCGCUUGGCCUCGGGCGGGGCCGAUGGCAGCUGCCGACUCUGGGACCUGCGCUGCACGCCGCGGCGGAGCGUCCGUGCAGCACUGCUGAAGGACGAGGUCUCCGCCGUGGCCAUCUCCCCCACGCGGCUCGAGUUGCUUUUGGCUGCCGUUGGCGGGAAAGUGCUUGGAUUUGACCUGCGGUCCGAGAAGGUCUUGCUGCAGGAACCCAGUGGAGAGCGAGACCUGGCGAGAGAUGAGAUCAACCAGAUCUCCAUCGACCACGCCGGGCACUUGUGCGCGGUGGCGGAAGAUGCGGGCCCCGUGCACUUGCUGGACCUCAACACGUGGCGCGUGGAUAAGACCUUGGCCGGAAAGGCGGGCCACGAUAAUAUUUGCAGCUGCGUGGCCUGGAAGCCAGGCCGUGAUUGGACUCUCGCUUCGGGCGGCCUCGAUGCUGCGGUGGUCUUCUGGCAGCGCAGUGGCCGAGGUCGCAAGGUGCUGAUGCAGCAGGAUCUGGGCGAGGAGUCAGCAACAGCCACUGGGCCACAACUGCUCAAUCCGCCCUUUGUGCAUUCUUUGGCUUAUUUGCCAGAUGAGACCUUGGCCGCAGGGUUGGGCGAUGGCACGGUGGCGCUGUUAGAGGAGCGCCGUCCAAGUGCUCGACUCCGAGGGCAUGCAGCUGCUGUGGCGCAGGUGGUGUCGUCCCCCAUGGGUUUGAUCUCCGCCGGGAAUGACUUGCAGGUCAUCCUGUGGUCCGGCUCGAGGGAGGCCAGCUUGCAGUGGUCUCACCACGAGAAGAUCAACUGGCUUGCUUCUUCGGAGUCACGCUUGUGCGUUUGUGGGCUCAGCAACGAGAUCACCAUCUAUGAAGGCCUUGACCGUUGAAAUCGCAAAGGCUUCCCUUGGCGACAGCGUUGGAGGAUCGGAGAGUGCGGACCGAACGAACCGGCGAAAACGGCGCCACGGUGGCCGACAACGCCAGCGACGUGGUGCGGACCGAUGGAGACCAAGGAUCGAUCGUGGCAGUCGUCGGCUCUGGGCGUCGGACAAGAUCGAUCUGAGAGCGGAGACGAUGCAGGCGCC